AUGUUAGAAAAUUUUUCAAAAUCAACAUCAGCAGUUCAAACUACUAUGAAUAAUAUAUUAUCCUAUAUUCAAAAUCAUAAUGACAACAUUAAUAUUUUAAAUACAAUUAAUAAUUCUCCAUGUGCUAUUGCAACGUUAAACUAUCCUAAAAGUGAAAUUGAGAAAUUAUUUUUCUUUGAAGCAACAUCUCCAGAAGUAUAUGAUAUUGAAAAGACAUCUACAUUGGAUAAACAAGACCAUGUAUCUGAAGCAUCAAGAAAGAAAUUACUAGUGCCAGUUCUUCCUUGGAUAAAAAAAAGGUCAUCAUCAUACACUUCUCCUAUGCCACGUGAGAAUGUUGAAAUGAAUAAUCAACGAUGGGCUAAGAUGCGAUCAUUAAUUCCUGCAAAGCCAAAAGACCUUCAAAUUUGGGCAUGGAAUCAAGUUGAUCAAUAUGAGUAUUAUGAACAACUUGAUGAUGAUUAUGAUGUAGAAUAA